CACACUCACACACACACACACACACACACACACACACACACAAACACACGCCUCUUUCAUUGCCGUGAUUAUGUGACAGCCUUGUCUUCAAGCACUUGUUGUCAUGGCAUCCCUACAACAGCAACAUCAGCAUCAGCAGCACCGCUCGGUGAAAAACACAGAGGUUAGCUGCGACGGCGGAGGCGGAGGUGUAAAUGUCCGCAUCAGCGACGCCCACUCGCAGAAGCGGGUUUCUGUCGAACGGGAGCCUUCGAGCUGGGGCGAAAGCGUGACUGAGCAGGGCCCGACCGGAAGCGCCAAGCCGUCCAAGUACAGCAUCUCGUCCAGCUGCAGCUCUGGCGAGUCCGGGAUCCGCAGGACGGUGAUGAGCAGCCUGCGUGGCCAACGGACGGUCCCGCAGCUUUUCGAGAGAUCAGCGGCGCAGUGCUGGGACCCCAAGUUUGACUCGGCGACGCUGGAGGAGGCGUGCAGGGAGCGGUGCUUCCCGCAGACGCAGAGGCGCUUCCGCUACGUGCUUUUUUACCUGGCCGUAGCCGCGCUGCUCUGGGGCGUGUACUUUGGAGUCAACGGUUCCAGGUGCGAGCCUGCCAGCUUCUUGUUUCCGACGGCGACCUUCUUCGUCCUGUGUCUCCUCCUCCUGCUGUUCACCUUCUCGCGGCCCUAUGUGUGGCUCUAUAACCAGGCCUCGCUGCUUCUCAUCGUCAUCACGAUCUGUAUCACUCUGGCGCCGCAGAUGCAGGCUUCCGGUUUCGCUCGCUUCGAACGGCAGAGCGGUGGCAAUCGGACGCUGUGGGACUAUUCCAAGUCGGCUCCGUGCGUCUCUCCCGUGGGGACGUUUUCUCUGUGCAUGGAAGUGCUGCUGUUGCUCUACAGCAUGCUCCACCUGCGGCUCUAUGCCUCGGUGCUACUUGGGCUCCUGUACUCGGUGCUUUUUGAGACGCUCGGAUGGCUACACCUGGCGCAGGUGGAUGGUCAAGAAACGGGGACGUGGCACGAGGGCGCAGCGCAGGGGUCAAGCUGGGAGGCGUCGUUGCUGUGGCUGGCGCCUGGGAAAGUACUUCUCCACCUGUGUGCCCACGCGAUCGGCAUCCACUUGUUCAUCAUGUCAGAGGUGCGUUCACGGAGCACCUUUCUGAAAGUGGGACAAGCCAUCAUGCACGGGAAGGAGUUGCAGGUGGAGAAGGCGCUGAAGGAGCGCAUGAUCCACUCGGUCAUGCCGAGCCGGGUGGCCGACGAGCUGAUGAAGCAGGGCGACGAGGAGAGCGAGAGCUCCGGUAAACGCUACAGCGCCGGGACUUGCUCGGCCUCGGCGUCUGGCGCGGGCGCCUCGUCCUCCAGCCCCAAGAACAACAAGCGCAAAAAGACGUCGAUCCCGCGCGGUCAGAUCAUCUUCCGGCCCUUCAACAUGAAGCGAAUGGAGCCUGUCAGCAUCCUCUUCGCUGACAUCGUCGGCUUCACGAAGAUGAGCGCAAACAAAUCGGCGCCCGCCCUGGUGGGCUUACUGAACGACCUGUUCGGGCGCUUUGACCGGCUAUGCGAGCUGACUCGCUGCGAAAAGAUCAGCACGCUGGGCGACUGUUAUUACUGCGUGGCAGGAUGCCCCGAGCCCCGCGAGGACCACGCCUACUGUUGCGUGGAGAUGGGACUCGGUAUGAUCCAGGCCAUCGAGCAGUUUUGCCAGGAGACAUCUGAGACGGUGGACAUGCGUGUAGGAGUGCACACAGGCACCGUGCUCUGUGGCAUCCUGGGAAUGAAACGAUUCAAGUUUGACGUCUGGUCCAACGACGUAAACCUGGCUAACCUCAUGGAGCAGCUCGGCGUGGCCGGGAAGGUUCACCUGUCCGAGGCCACGGCGAGCUUUCUCGACGACCGCUACGAGAGAGAGGACGGCCGCGUGAUGGAACGCGCCGGGCAGAGCGUCACCGAGCAGCUGAAAGGCUUAAAGACAUAUCUAAUCUCGGGGAAGAAGAUGGGCUCACAGUGUGACUGUUCUCAGAACAGUCUGGGACGAGACCUCAGUGAAACACCAAGACCCUCCCCGCACACACACACUUCUGAACUCACACACUCCGCUAUGGCUGACCACAUUAAGACUCCAUGCAUGUCCUGCCCUGUAGUAGUGGAGGCUGCUGGGAAUUUGCUGGCUGAUGAGACGACGCAAAAUGGCUGCCAGGACGAACACAAAGCCCACAGCAGCAAGUUCCCGAAAGCGGUGAAUGGUCUUCUCAGUCCGCUGUGCGAGGAGCCUGUGAGAGCGAGCCAGGCCUCCCUGUGCGAGAUGCUGCAGAAGGAGAGGACUCUGGGUGCGGGGUCAACAGGGGGAGGCGGAGCAGGGCCAGGAGGAGGUGGAGCCAUGGACCAUUCUGCAUUAAUCCCGCUCCGCAGUAAAGGGUUCAGAGAGAAGAGUGACGUGCACUUCGUGGAAGUCAUUAAGGAGGACAGCUUGAUGAAAGAUUAUUUCUUCAAGCCACCAAUCAACAAAGUGAGCCUGAACUUCCUAGAGAAGUCUCUGGAGUCUGCCUAUCGUAAAAACUACCAGCAGGAGGUGAUAAGCCACACCCCUGUGCAGACGUUCGCCAGUCCUGUGUUUAGCUCUCUGCUAGACGUGGUGCUGUCGUGCGCCGUUUUCUUCUCCCUCACGUUCGCUUGCUUCCUCUACUCGAUGGUUACCAAGGAGAUGCCUCCUGCCACCACGGUCGGCCUGGCGGUGACCGCCGCCGUCCUUGAGCUUCUGUCUCUCGUCCUGUCCGUUCGUAUGACCUUCUACCUGGACGACGUGUUCAGCUGCACUCAGUUACUUCUGAAGCUGGUGUCCGGCUGGGUGCCCCGUCAUGUGGUCGGCGCCGUGCUUGUGUCACUUCCUGCCAUCUCGGUUUUCUCACACCUGGCCUGCAGCCUCCACCUGCCCAUUCAGGUAACGAUGUUCCUGUGCAGCGCCGUCGUCAUUGCCAUCAUCCAGUACUGCAAUUUCUGCCAGCUGAGUUUCUGGAUGCGGUCGGUUUUGGCCACCGCCACUGGAGUGUCUCUGCUUGCUAUACUCUACAGCGCCCCCAUCAGGCCAAGCACCAGCAUCGGUUUUCCAGUGACUGGGAACUUGAGUAACAACAGUCUUGACACGAGAUGGACAAGUAAAUCGAAUCCCGCCAUUCUAGACCUCCUGGUUCCAGAGGCGCUCUUGUCAUUCUUCCUGCUGCUCCUCCUCGUGUGGUUCCUCAACCGCGAGUUCGAGGUCAGCUACCGCCUGCACUACCACGGCAACGUCGAGGCCGACAAGCACCGCAUCAAGAUCCAGACCAUGCGUGACCAGGCCGACUGGCUGCUGGGCAACAUCAUCCCUAUCCACGUGGCCGAGCAGCUGAAAGUCACGCAGAGCUACUCCAAGGACCACGACAACGUAGGCGUGAUCUUCGCCAGCAUCGUGAACUUCAGCGAGUUCUAUGAGGAGAGCUUCGAGGGCGGCAAAGAGUGCUACCGAGUGCUGAACGAACUCAUCGGCGACUUCGACGAGAUGCUGCGCAAGCAGGUGUUCUCCAGCGUGGAGAAGAUCAAGACCAUCGGGGCCACGUACAUGGCUGCGUCGGGGCUGAACGGACGGCAGUGCCGCGAGCAGACGCACCCGCACGCUCACCUGCGCGCCCUUUUCGAAUUCGCGCUAGAGAUGAUGCGCGUCGUGGACGACUUCAACAAGAACAUGCUCGGCUUCCAGUUCAAGUUACGCAUCGGAUUCAACCAUGGGCCGCUGACUGCCGGCGUCAUCGGCACCACCAAGCUGCUUUACGACAUCUGGGGCGACACCGUGAACAUCGCCAGCCGGAUGGACAGCACCGGGGUCGAGUGCCGUGUUCAGGUGAGCGAGGGAAGCCACGCUGUGCUUAGUGCAAUGGACUACGCCUUUGAUUAUCGUGGCACGGUUAACGUCAAAGGGAAGGGGCAGAUGAGGACCUAUCUGUACCCCAAACUUAACGAGAGCGGGUCCAAACAAUCCUCUGAGCCUCCAAGUAAAGACGAGAAUACCGACAAACUGCCCGGCCAGGCAUUCGCCAUGGCGCCCGCGUUAUCGUCUCCAGCCAAUCACAGCUGUUCCUCUCCUUCCCCCAGUGCCUGUCGAAAAAACCGCAGGGUGCCACAGGGACCUAGCGUAGGACUGUCUAAUUUGUCGCAAGAACAGCACGACAACACAUUCAGAGACCCUUUACUCACAGGCGAGUCUUUGGAGCGUUCUCCUGCACCAACGUUUGGUGGCACGCAGCCACCUUCAAUAGCACAGAUUAGCGCUCCGCUAGCCAGACCAGAGACACCUUUACGAGUCACGUAUGAAGACGAGGAGGAAGAAGAAGAAGAGUCGAAUGAACGCUCCCGGCUCCGAGUGGGAGAGAGGCUUUAAUCUGCCCCUGAAGCUGCUGAUCUUCACUGUCCGUCUGCCUCACUUCUCUCUCUUCUGGGGCACGAGGGUAUACAUUUCACUGAGGUUCACCUCCCGAGGUGCCUUAAUAAUCAACACGAGAUGUAGGAGAACUCGGCUUAAAGAACUCUAUAACGUUAAAGUAAAGAAGGUAAUUCGGGCGGUGGGCGGGGGGAUUUCUGUGUGGAUCACAGUCCGGCACAAAAUGAAAGACGUGAAGGGAAAAAAAAAAAAAAAAAGUCGAGGGGCGGGUUUUUACGUUUCAGAGGUUCUCCUUAUUUCAGUGGCGUGCUUUUUACGUUCGUUAAAGUGCCUUCGGUAAAGAUGAAUACGCGCACACGCCAUCGGAUAACUACACGAACAAAUCAGAGACGACGGAACAACGCUAGCAUGCUGUGCUUGUUUUUUUUUUUGUUUUUUUUUAAUUUUUUUUUUUUUUUUAAAGACUUAUGACGACGGACAAUUCUGUGGUUUUUUUCAAUUUAUUUUCCUAAUACAGUUUUGUUAAUAUAUUGCAGUUAUUUUUUUUCGCUGUACUCCAUUUCUUAAUUACAGAAUAUCGACAUGUGACCUUAAAGAUGAAAAAAAAAAAGUGCCAGUGGCUCAAAGUUCAGCCGAAGUGUCGAAUCAUAGAUCAGGGGAAUUUAAUUAUAUUGGGUUAGAUCGUCGCUCUUGGGCAAUCACUUCUUUGAGAAAAAAUUUAAAAUUUGAACUGUAUAUUUUUGUUGUUGUUGUUGCUAGGUGCAAGUCUAAGCACAGCUAUCCAACCAAGUUUUUGCAAAAUGCACACGAAACAAACUGAGGUGUUCUUGUCUGCUGUCUGAUCACAAUCGUAGAGACGGUGAUGGAUGGAGUGUUUGGGCUACUACGUCGCUGUUCACGCGGCCUGUGCUAGCACCAUGAGAUAAUCGCUAGCGAGGGGAUACAAGUAACGCACAAUGCAACAUAAUACCUGAAACGUAGCCGAACACUCCGAAAGGCUUUGUGUUGAUAGAAAGUUUUUUCAUUUGUCUGCUUUUAUCACAGUUUGCAAUAAUAUUACCAUGUUGUAUUUUUAAAAAUUUUUUAUUUUACUACAAAAAAUUUUUUGUACCUCAGUCGGAGCACUAGAUCAGUCCACUAUUUUUUUUCCCCCAAGGUUAAAAUUCUCACGUAUACCGAUAUUUGGUUAAACAAGGCUUUACUGAUAUGUCAGUUUCAACUCCUGUGAAGUCCUAUAAACUGUAAAACUCGAUUUUAUAUAUAAAAUCUAACAUCACGACGUCUAACGUCUCGUUUAAGACGUUAAGAAAAGUCGAUAUUGAGUAAAUCCAUUUUGGAGUGGUCGAAAUGUUUCACCUUGACGUGAAGAGUUUGCGAGUUUGAAUACCGAGGGUGUCAUCAUGACGGCGCUCUAUAAAUAAAUCGCGUUCAUGUUUUCUAAAGGCGUUUAAGUAAAAACACCGGGCCUCAAAAAAAAGUUGCGUGAGAAUAUUUUUUCGUAGGCCGAACCGAACAAACUUGCGAGUUUUACAUUUAGCCACGCCCACAAUUCUCCAUAAAAGGCGCAAAGCUCGCAGAGAGCCGAAAGCGGUGACUGAACAGCGAGAGCCUGCCUCUUAAACACGGCGCACGCUAAAUCUUCCAGUAACGCAGCUCCGCCACCGCGGCGCGUCGGCUACCGUAGACGCACACGAACGCUUCCUCUGUUUAUAGGGUGCCAUUACUUUUGUGCUACCUGACUGAACAGCUAGUCUUAUUUAUUUCACAGACGUGUUAUUUUUUUUUUUUUUGUGAUGACGUUCUUGUGAAACAAAUAAACGAUCUCGACGUGAAAAUUCACGGAAACCCGGGCGCUUGCGUAGGACGUAAGAAACCAGCUGCGUUUCGGCGAACGUCACGUUUUCCAGCGUGUGCGCUCCUGCGAAGGAUUUCCACACGCAUUUGCACGUGUUCAGCUUAGAAGCGAGGCCCGUUCUCACCGAUUCAUGGGUGCCAUAUUUGGAACAGCUUUCCCCGGUUAACUGAUGUAUAUCGGUAAAGCCCUGAUGUAUUUAUUGGCGCGUAUCUACUUGUGUAUCGUGUUUCCGUUCGCCUAAAGGGAGUCUUGUCAUCUUUUUGUCGAUCAUUUCAGUGACUCCUCCUGUAGCUUCAGUGGUGGAGUUUCUCAUCGCCUUACACCGUGCAGUGCUGUGCAGCAAUACAGUGAAACCUCCAAUUCAUGGCAUUUCAGCCCAACAGCACAAAAUAUCAUUUAAGGGAAUACAGUAAAGGAGUCAUAAGGGAAUUUUUCUUUUUCUUUCUUUUUUUUUUCCCCAACAGCGAAGCAUUUAGCCCAGUUUAUUACUGUGAAUGAUUUGUAUUUGUUCUAAGAAGAGUUUUCUAUGACUUGUUUUGUUAAUCUUUUCCGAAGUAGGUCGAAAGCAUUCUCUGAAACACUUCAGACGAUGACGGAACACUUCGAUAUUUAUGUCGGACAUAUAGGACACGUCCCGUUUGAGUGGGAUGGAUUUCUCGGAUCGUGCCAGUAGCGUUCGGUUCUCGGCGCUCUCUCCCGUGGCUUUGAUUGGAACCUUUCUGCUGUAUCUGUGUGUUUUUGUCGUCUUGUCCCCCUCCCCAGUCGUGCCAUGUUAUAAAUUAGGUUGCUCUCUUUGGUGGAGUGAGUAGAAUUUUCUUAUUUUCUUUCUCUAGUGCCUUUUGUUUUUCUUUUCCUCACCCCUCGCCUUGCCCGAGUGUAAGAAAGUGAUGCUGUUGGUCACUGUAUGGUUGAAUUGUGCAAAAAUGCAUUCUGACUGAAUUUUCUUCAAGUCUUUUUUUUUUCUCUUCGCACAGUUCUCUCUGCCACUUUUUUUUUCUUCAAUCGGUCCACAAGGGAGCUUUUAUAAGCUUAUACGCGGCAUUACCUUUCAAUCAUGUAGCAGAUUGAGAGCUGCGGAAGUCGUGCGUUUGUGUCGUCACGUCUUACACAAGUGAGGAAGAAUCCGAAUCCAAGCUCGAGCAGUCAGGGUUUAAGUUCAAGGGCAUGCUCGAGGGCUAAACACGAGACCCGUUCGGCACUUUUAAACCACAGAAGGGUUCUCUCCCACCUCCCUCAAAAAUCCUGCCGGUCUGGCAACAGGAACGUCUGGACUUGGUCGCCGUGACAACUGCACAAACCCCAUCGAGAACAGUCAUUUUGGUGGGGGGAAAAAAUCUAUAAAAAUGUGAAAGAUGCACGGGGACUUUGAAGAUUAUCCGGG